AUGGCGUCUGGAGUUGGGGUAACACUGAUCCUAGAAUGCUGGCGAGAUGAACUGAGUGCGGCACAGAAAGCCGCAUACGAAAAGGCGGAAAAAGAGCAUAAUGAAAUUCGAAACAAGCUGAAAGCGAUUGUCGAUGAAACGGGUGGGAAAAACAUAUUUUCCGGCCAAGUGUUCACCGCUUAUCAAGUACUGGGUCCAGUACCGGGUUUGGAUCAAAUUUCCAAACCGGUAACUGCAUUAACGCGCAAGAAACCAUUGCCCGUACUUCAAUCUUCCCUUGCCCCGAAAAUGGGUGCUUCGCCGUCACCGGAUCCUGCGGUAAGCAGUCGACGGCGGGGUCGAAGAUCGGAUUUGCCUAUCGCCGAAGAUUCGGAGUCCGUGUUAGAUAUACCCUCGGAUGAUGACGACGACUAUAUUCCUCUCUCCAAGCGUAUGAAACAGAAGGAAAAGGAAAAACCCAUUUCUCCAAGAAAAGUGAGCAACGAAAAGGUCAAAACGCCGGAAGUUAAGACAAAGUCUCCAAAACCUGUUGGCACAACAACGGGCAAAGUUGCUGCCAUCUCUGUACGACCUACCGAGUUCAAUUCUAUUGGCGGGCUGCAAGUUGGCGCCGAAAAGGAGAAAAAGAAAAAUCUCCCGGAACCUUCCGCGGUUGUCGAUCUUACUAAAGAUGAUGCGGGUAAACCGUCGGCGGAUUCGAGAGAGAUAUCAUUUAGUAAGAUUCAGGGCAAAACUUUCCCUUCGCUCGUAGUACUCGCAAGACCAUCGCUUCGAGUAACCGAUAAAGCUGUAACCGAUCGACCGCAGCUCGAUGCGAAAGUGAAAAACGUAUUGGUACAUCCAGCGCCAAAGUUCACCGAAUGGCUCAUACAACAAGGAUUGAUCAAAUCGGAACAGACGUGCCAAAUCCACUACGAUAAGCCGCUCAAACUGGGCAUGUACUCGGAUACUUCGAAAUUCCCGUACUCGGGUGGCUACUUCUGGAUAAGCGAUUGCUGUCCGACCCGAUUCACGUCCGUGUUUCAUGGCUCGCUGUUCGAAGGCUCACCACAUCCGCCUUCGGUGAUUUUGAAGCUCAUCUACCACUGGGCCUGUCAAACGAAUGUUUCAAAUGUGGUGAACUGGGUGAAGGUGGACAACGUUUACCUGAAAAGCCUCUACACAUUGUUACGAUCAGUUUGCACGCUGGCAUUAUGCCGCCACAUGAAGAUGCUUGGAGGUCCCAAAAAAUCCAUCGAAAUAGGAGUGAUUUCGCUGGGAACGACAACUCAGGACGGACAGCAGCGCCAGGUAAAGGUGGAGGUGUUGGGCGUUCUCGAUCCGGAAGCGAAAAUUCUUCGACUUCGUGCCGUGGAACCGUUGCAGGACGCCGAAAAAAGCUACAAGAAAAGGUUUUCCAAAAUUUUGGAACCACUCAGCGAUUGGGUCGAUAAGGAGAGCAUCAUUCUGACCGAUCUUACGGUCGACAAAGGAACACUGAACAACAUGGGCUACAAAACCGUGAUACAGGUUCCGACGUCUGAGCAGACACCGAAAAAUAGCAAUGCAAACAUAAUGGAUUACCUGCGCCGCAUCGUUCCACGCAUGUUCCAAAACACGCUCUCCCUGUUGUCGCGUCAAAUCAUUCAACAGUUCCUGAACGAGUUGGUUUGGCGUGAGCUAUACGGAAAUAGUCCCGGCAGUACGUUCGAUAACAUCGUGAAACAUUUAGCCGAGGAAGCAAAGAUUGAAACGAAGGAAAGUUUAACCACUCGCAUGCAUAAGGCCGCCGCCGACCCCUUCAAGCAGUGGAAUGUCGUGUCCGAUAUACCAUUCGCAAAAAUUCCCGCAAAGCGUGGGCGCAAACCUAAGGAUCACUCUAUCAUCGCAUCUCCGUCCCCUCGGAACGAUGUUGCCCCGGCGGCAACAGCAGCGGCUGGCGCGAGUUCAGCAACGAAAAAAAAUAUCCUCAAAAAGGUGAAAAUUGAGGAACAAACGACGGCGGCGUCGAUCGUAAUAACAACCUCUUCCUCGAACAGAACGGUCCAGAAGAAGAGAGAAAAACCUGAAGAUGCUAUGAUACAGCUGGAAUCGUACUAUUACGGAUGUGUCGGUGGCACUGAGCUGAAAGAGUCCGCCUUACCCUGUCCCGAUUUUGAAGUCCCGUGUCCGGAAUGUCCAGAAUUGACGUUCCGCUGCAAUGUGGAGCUUCUUGAUCAUUUGUUGGACCACACACAACAACUUGCCGGUUCUACAAGCGCAUUAGAUAGUGGAUCUAAGUGUCGAACCUGCCUGCAGCAUGUGCCCCAAGAAGAGCUGGAGAAGCACAAGAUGCUAUUUCAUCCGCUCGAUACGAAAUGCGUGUUUUCAAAAGGAAGCAGCUGUUUGAUCUGUGAGGUACGUUUCAGUAGCGUACCGGUGCUGGCAGCGCACAUGCAUAAAACCCACCUGCCGCUGGAAAUGCCGUACCAUUGUGCUGGGUGUGAUUUUCGCAGCUCCGUCUUGCAGACAACUAUUGACCACUUCUAUGCGCAGCAUAAGGGAAGUAACCUGUUGCAGUGCCCAAUCUGUCUGCAGAUGGCUUGCGCUUAUCGUAGUGGCACCGAAGGCACCGACACGGACGAACCGACUCAGUCCGUAGCUUUGAUAGACAAUGUAAAACAGUUCUUGGCCCAUUUGCGCAAGCAUAGCGAUAAAUAUGUCUCGAAACGGUGCAAAAAAUGUGCGCUCAGCUUCCUCUCGAAGGCACAAAACAAACUGCAUAGUAUCUUUUGCCACGUUGCCAACGCUGCUGACGAAACAGUUAAAAGCGUUACAAACGCUACGACGGUCAUGGAAAAACCGAUGAAAAAAAUAAUGCCAAAGGAGCAAUCAAAACCGUAUCGUGUUGUAAAGGCAUUUGAUCAGCUGGUGCUAAAUAUGAAGAGCGGCUACAUUUGUCUCGAGUGUGGCAAUGAUUUCGAUCAGUUCAAUCACAUAAUCGGACUUUUGCAAUGCGCACUGUGCAAAUUUCAAACCACCUGUCUUCCGUCGAUGAUGAACCAUUCGCAAUUGUGCAAUUCACCCGGUUCCUCCACAGCACACAAAUAUGCGGCCUCUUCAAUAAGUCAGGAGAUGCAUUGCAAGUGUGGCUUUUCUUCGUACGAUGGUUCGGCAUUAGCACGGCAUUUACUCGUAUGUAGCCGUAGUGAUUCCGUAUACAGUUCCGUCGAGGCAGCCCAAGCGAACGAAACCGAGCGAAGCAUGCUGGAUAUGCUAGGACUUGUUCGUCGGGAUGAAGACGAAGAUGCUGAUGCAGCAAUGGAUACGCAAUCGUCGGAACAAGAUGAUCACCAAGACAGCCAAGCAACGCCUUCAACAUCCCAGGAAUCCACGUUGCCCACAGUCUCUUUCGAUAACGUGGAAAACAUAAGUGCGAUGGAAUCAAACGUUGCGGCAAUUGCUCCAAAUGUUGUCAACGAACCCGCUGCGGCCGAUAUUGCGUACGACCCUUCGCAGUCGCUCUACAAUAUCGCCGGUACAGGUGAACAACAAUUUACCACCCAGCUGAGCUUUGACGAUUUGGGACCACCAUCGGUCUUGCCGGUACAAGACAAUGAUCUUACGCCGCAGCUUAAGGACGAUUACCAAUCGCUGGCUACACCGCGUGUACCAGAUCAAGCAGAUUAUCCAGAUACGUAG